AUGGAUUCGAAAAACAUGUUUGAAGUAGAGACAAAGAGCGUUGAAAACAAAAAUCUUUCUCAAGAAAAAUCCAAUGUGGAUGUUGCUCUUGAAGUUCUUGGUGAUCUUGACCAUGUCGAAUAUACUCCAGAGGAAGAAAAAAAGGUUCUUCUCAAGAUUGAUUUACAUUUGAUGACUUUUAUGAUUGGCUCGUAUAUCUUGCAAUUUCUCGACAAAAAUGCGUUAUCUAACUCUUCUGUUUUUGGUUUACUGGGUGAUUUACACUUGGAAGGUCAACAAUACUCAUGGGCUGGUUCCAUAUUUUAUUUCGGCUACCUAAUUGGUCAACCUAUUGCCAGUCGUUGUUUUCAAUGGUUUCCAUCUCAAAGUAUGUUGGAGCUUGUCUUGUAA